CGUAUGUCAAGCACACAAACCUGCCCUAUCACAACGUCUCUUGGCCCCUACGGCUCACGGAGGUGGCUCAGUAUCACAGAGCGCUUGACCUACUUUAAGAGAAAUACCUUCAAAUUGCUCACUCGCACAAGGGUUCACGAUCGAGAGAUUCAUGGACUUCUGCACGUCAUUAGUUCCCACCGCUGCUGGCAGGUGCCAUGCAGUCAAAGGUCGUGGGUGGAUCCUUUGAUCAAUGUACUUGACGUGAUGAGCAUUUCAGGAAUAAUUCAUUACCGUCACUGUAUUUAUCAGGCUGUCUGCCAAGGUGGAACAGCUGCCAUAUCUCUCCAUGGUUAAUUCCCGGCCCUGUUGCACUGCAGCAAUCUGGCGUCUGCUUGGAUAAAUACUCCUGGAAUCAGGCGUCUUUUUCUGAAAGAUUUUGCGACAACACUUCAGCAUGGCUUUAGAUUUACUACAAGUGUCGCCGGCGAGGAUCUCGUACAUCUGUCUUGGUGGCUUUACAGUCUUGUUCUCACUGGUGUCCCUCCUAAUCAAAGAGAAGCUUUAUGUCAAUGAAGUCGUUUUAGGAACCGCCUUCGGGAUUAUCAUAGGUCCUUUCGUUGCCAACAUCUUCGCACCCCAUUCGUGGGGUCCCUUGAGUAAUACCAUAACACUAGAGGUCAUGCGUAUCGUCCUUGUAAUCGGCUUAUUCGCAGCUGGAGUCGAAUUACCACCUGCAUAUAUGAAAAGGCAUGCCAAGAGCUUGCUGGUAAUGGUUGUGCCUACCAUGGCGUUUGGUUGGGUCGUAGUGGCUGCGGUCAUGUACGUGUUGUUUCCGAAACUCGACUACAUCUCAGCCCUUUGUAUCGCCGCUUGUUUGACCCCUACGGACCCGGUGACAUGUGCUGCCAUCACACACGGUAAAUUUGCCCACCAACAUGUUCGCGAGGAUAUUCGCCACAUCUUGUUGGCUGAGGCCGCAGCCAACGACGGCCUUGCCUACCCUUUUCUUGCAAUAUCCAUAUACCUCACCAUCGAGACGUCCGUUCAAACUGCUAUCGGCAAGUGGUUUUUGGUGGGAUGGUUAUACCAGGUCAUCCUUGGCACCGUUCUAGGAGCUGUUCUAGGAAUUCUAUUCUCCAAACUCAUGAAGAAAUCCCUUGAUCAAGGCUUUAUAGAUCGUAAAUCGUACAUCGCGCAGUACCUGGCUCUCUCCAUUUUUAUUAUGGGAGUUGCGAGCACCAUUGGCGUGGAUGAUCUUCUUGCAGCAUUUGCAGCAGGCUGUGCAAUAUCCUGGGAUGGGCACUUCCGUGAACAGACAGAACAUGACAAUUUCUCUCCUGUCAUAGAUUAUGUGCUGAACUGUUGUUGUUUCAUCUACAUCGGCGCUUGGCUGCCCUUUAACGCCUAUGACUCUCCCGAAUUUAACAUCAGCCCUUGGAAGCUUGUUCUUCUUGUGAUCGCUAUCAUGAUCUUCAGGCGAAUUCCAUUUUUAUUGGCGGUAUACAAAUUUGUUCCCGAGAUUGCAUGCUGGCGGGAAGCUCUAUUCUCUGGUCACUUCGGUGAGCAGCUCUUUUAUCUAUGAUGUCGCUUUCACCUCAAGUAUCUGAAUCUUGUAUACAGGUCCAGUAAGUCUGUC